AUGUGUUGACGCGACGUUGGAAGCGAGUCUGUAGAAAACAUCAAAGCGGUGUCUUUGUCGGCGAACUAACGCGCCAGAUGGCUUUAGAUCGUGUUGUAGCUCUGGUGGAUAUGGACUGCUUCUAUGUUCAAGUCGAACAAAGACGAAAUCCAGAAUUGCGAGGCAAACCUUGCGCUGUGGUUCAGUAUAAAACAUGGAAAGGUGGAGGGAUUAUAGCUGUUAGCUACGAGGCACGUCAUUUUGGAGUGACAAGAAGCAUGCGAGGGGAUGAGGCUAAAGAGAAGUGUCCUGAGAUAAAUUUGGUGCGAGUCCCAGAGGCACGUGGGAAAGCCAACUUGACGCAUUAUCGUGAGGCAGGGGCAGAAGUGAUAGCAGUGCUGUCUCGCUUCUGUGACAAUUGUGAGAGGGCAAGUGUGGAUGAAGCAUACCUAGACUUGACUGAAAACGUCAACAUGAGAAUGCGCACAAUGGGCCUAGAUGAAAUUGCAAAAAAGUCUGCAGAAACAACAUUUCUGGAAGGUUUCAUGGCAGAUGAACAGGAAGGUAAACAUGUAGAUACUGAUGCUUGGAGAGCUUCUCUCCAAAAUGAUGGGAACAUUAGGAGGCUGGCAGUUGGUGCAAUUAUUGUAUCAGAAAUGAGGAAAGCUGUGCUAAAAGAGACACAAUUCACAUGCUCAGCAGGGAUUGCUCAUAAUAAGAUGCUGGCAAAGUUAUGUGGUGGGCGUCACAAACCAGAUAAACAGACUCUUUUACCCCAGAGUGCAGUGCCAAAGUUGUAUGAAACAGUUCCCAUAAAAAAAGUCCGUAAUAUGGGAGGCAAACUUGGCUUGGAAGUGCGCUCAAAUUUACAUGCAGAAAAGAUGAGUGAUUUGGCCAACUACUCCCUUAGUGAGUUACAGGGUCGUUUUGGAGAUAAGACAGGGGAGUGGCUGUAUGAAAUAAGUCGUGGAAUAGAUCACGAACCUGUUAGGCCUCGACAGCUGCCGAAGUCUAUCGGCUGCGGCAAAAAUUUCCCCGGAAAGGGGAAGCUUUCAACAGGAGAAAAGGUAAAAUACUGGUUGGAUCAGCUGGCUGGUGAACUCCACGAGCGUCUCACAAAAGAAUCAGAAUUGAAUAAUCGGGAGGCCAAGUUAUUGGGUGUAUGCUUCAAGACUGAGAAUAACUCCUCCGCUACUCGUUCUUGCCACAUGAAAAAUUCAACUGCUGAUCAAAUUGCAAAGGACCUUUAUAAUAUGCUGUUGCUAUUCAACACUUUAAAGGAAAACAAAACUGAUGCAUGGUAUCCAGCUAUUGUCACCUUAAACGUGUCAGCCAGCAAAUUUGAAGAAAUAAGUGAUCAUAACAGUACGCCGUCAAUAAGCUCAUUUUUCAGUAAGAAAAACAAGUUGGAAGAAGCGGAAAAUUCAGCGGACAACGUCAUCUCUGAAAACGUGGAGGACGAGUAUUUAUCUGGUGUGAGUUUAGAUGGAAACAAGGGAUGUGAUGGAACUUCUGUUUCUGGCAGUGUGGUUAGCCAGAGCCAGCGCGGGGAAAAUUCGUGUUACGGAAUUCGGAGAUAUGAUAAUAAAGAAGACAAAGAUAAUGAGAAAAAAGUGGAUGAAUCAAAGCUUAGUGGUAGUAGCCUAUCAAAAAAGAAAGGCAUAGAGGUGUUUUUAUCAGGAAAGAAUAUAUGUGAAGAAAAGCAGCAAAAUAGUGAGAGACGAUCUUGCAAUCCCUACCUAGGUUGCCAGAUCGAUUCUUCGGUGUUAGAAUCUUUACCACAAGAAAUUCGGCAAGAGAUUGAACGGUCACUGUUGAAAAACAAUCAGCAAGAUGAAAAGAGGAGAGGAAAUCCUUCAUUCUCUGAUUCAAGGGUGUCCACCAAUGAAGUACAAGGAAGAAAAACAUCAAAGAAUGUCGCGAUUGCUGGUGGGUCCGCCACUGGUGGGACCCGCGCGAAUCUUUGUAACCAAGUAGACUGGGACAAAACAGAUUUGUGCAAAUGCGAGAAAUGUGGGGAAACGUUUCCAGAAUGCAUCAUGCCGGAACAUUUAGACUAUCAUUUUGCGUUAGAGUUGCAAAAUGGAGAAAGCAACUCUUCCGUGACUUCAAAUUUAGGUAGCUCGACAAACGAGCCUCCGAAGAAAAAGCAACGCAUUACAAUUCAGUCUUUUUUCACGUCUAAAUAGUUUAAGUGAGCGCUUUUCCUCGGAGGACUCAGGUCCAAGUUUGUUCAGUCUCUUUCGCAGGCGUAGGCGUUGGUUGGUCUUGCCACGCAACGGGCGUUGCGUGACGACACUUAACAUUUGCUGCGAAGUAGACUGCAGAAAGAUUGAACCCAAAUGUUUGACUAUGCCUGUUGUUUUGUUUUGUUUUUAUUUUCCACGACUGUAGUGUUUGUAGUAGACUAUCAUUUCUAGGUUUCUUUUGUUUGAAUUUAAUUAUUUAUUGACACUUAAUAAAGAAGAACCGAAAUAUUGCUACAUAGCAC